UGCACGCACAAGCGAAGGGAAGGCAGGAGGCUGGGGGCUUUUCUGGGCCACAUCAGAGACUUUCAGCAAGAAAGGGAUGAGCACGUAAAUGAGAAAACCAAACUGAGAGCCUCCUCAGAAGCAUGGGGGGAAGAAAGAUGGUGAGAGAUGAGGAAGGCGCCUAUGGCUCAGAGGAUGACUCCAGGGCCCCACAGGAGCCCCACCUGAGGCUCAUCUUGGUGGGCAGGACUGGGACCGGUAAGAGUGCCACUGGCAACAGCAUCCUGGGCCAGAAGUGCUUCCUGUCCAGGCUGGGGGCGGUGCCUGUCACCAGAAGUUGCACCUUGGCCAGCAGAAGAUGGGCCGGUAGGCUGGUGGAGGUGGUGGACACCCCGGACAUCUUCAGUUCCGAGACCCCGCGGUCGGACCCCGGGUGUGUGGAGGCAGCCCGCUGCUUCGUGCUGUCGGCUCCCGGGCCGCAUGCGCUGUUGCUGGUCACCCAACUGGGUCGCUUCACCACGCAGGACAGCCAGGCGCUGGCCGCAGUGAAAAGGAUGUUUGGGAAGCAGGUGAUGGCGCGCACUGUCGUGGUGUUCACGCGCAAGGAGGACCUGGCCGGAGACUCCCUGCAGGAUUACGUGCGCUGCACGGACAACCGCGCGCUACGAGAGCUGGUGGCGGAAUGCGGGGAUCGCGUGUGCGCCCUCAACAACCGUGCCACAGGCAGCGAGAGCGAGGCUCAGGUUGAGCAGCUGCUGGACCUGGUCGCGUGUUUGGUGAGGGAGCACCGGGGCACGCACUACUCCAAUGAGGUGUACGAGCUGGUGCAGGCCACACGGUGCGCUGACCCCCAGGACCAACUCACCAAGGUGGCGGAGAUGGUGGUCGCACGCAUGCAGAGGCGGACCAGGUUCCUAGCUGGGCUGUGGAGAUGGCAGAAAUCCUACAGGCAGGGCUGGAGGGGUCUGAUGAUCUUCGUGGGUGCUGCCCUCUUGAUCUGUCUGCUGUUCUACAGAAAGGUCCCAGGCCUUUGGGGACCAGAGUAACAGAUAAAGCUGAUCUUAGAAGAUGCUAUGACUAGGAAGAUCUUUAAAAACAAAAACAAAAACAAACAAACAAAAACACCA